AUGAACGUCAGACCGGAAAAGCCGGUUUGGAUGAGCCAAGAACAAUAUGACAAGCAGUACGGCUCUCCUAAUGAGACCAUAGUUAAAAAGCCAACUCCAAAGCCUGCAGAAGAAGAGCAGUCCAAGGUUGAAGAAGUCGAACAAGAGGGAGACGACGACAAAAAAGAGCUCGAAAAGCCUGUUUUCAAAAUUCAAAAGCGUAAGCACCAGAGGUAUGAUAGUGAGGAACGAAGGAAGAAACACCAGUUGCAUAAAAUGCGCGAAGAACAGAUAAAAAGGCACGAAAUAGACAUGACGGCUAACAAAGUGGUGAAUGUUGAUCAAAUUAUUCGCAAGCACUACAAUGAACGGACUUUUGUCGCAAAACGCAGAAGGAGGCAUCUUUCGCCAAUCAUCAAACUCCGGAAUUUUAACAAUGCCAUCAAGUACAUGCUAAUUGAUAAAUUUACCUUUCCAGGAAAUGUUGUUCUCGAAAUGGGUUGCGGCAAAGGCGGUGAUCUUAGAAAGUACGGAGCUGCCGGAAUCUCGCAGUUUAUAGGAAUUGAUAUCUCCAAUGCCUCGAUUGUCGAAGCACAGAAGCGUUUUUCCUCCAUGGGUAACUUAGAUUAUCAGGUUAUCUUGAUAACAGGUGACUGUUUUGGAGAAUCACUGGGCGUGGCCGUUGAGCCUUUUCCAGAAUGCAGGUUUCCCUGCGAUGUCGUGUCUGCGCAAUUCUGCUUGCAUUAUGCAUUCGAGUCGGAGGAAAAGGCUAGAAGAACUCUACUCAAUGUGACAAAGUCACUAAAAAUAGGAGGGUACUUCAUAGGCACCAUUCCUGACUCAGAAUUCAUAAGGUAUAAACUCAACAAAAUUACGAAGGAUGUCGAUAAGCCUUCUUGGGGAAACGCUAUCUACAAAGUUACAUUCGAGAACAGUGAUUACCAAAAAAAUAAUAACGAGUUUACCUCGCCGUUUGGCCAGAUGUACACCUACUGGCUAGAGGACGCUAUUGACAACGUUCCUGAAUAUGUCAUACCUUUUGAGACUCUAAGAAGUUUGGCAGAUGAGUACGGCUUAGAACUUGAACUCCAAAUGCCUUUCAACGCCUUUUUCGUACAGGAGAUACCAAAAUGGAUCAACAAGUUCUCCCCAAAAAUGCAAGAGGGCUUGCAGAGGAGUGAUGGAAAGUACGGCGUCGAAGGAGAUGAGAAAGAAGCAGCAUCAUAUUUUUACACCGUAUUUGCAUUCAAGAAGGUGAAGUAA